AUGGCAUCAACUCAAGGCAUACCCGUCAUGAUGGUCGGCAGGUCCGCCGAGAACGGCAAAGGCGUCAUUGCGCUUCUGCAGCCCGAUUAUGAUGUCGUCCAUUUCUGCGAAACAGUCCCCUCAGCCAAGGAAGAAAUCCCCACCGUGCUCCAAGGCCUCCCCGUCCAUGCAGCUACCCCGAUUGGAAGCAACGCCCAUCGCACCAACACUGGAUCCAAACUUCCGACCCCUGAAUUUAUCUUCAUGGGCGCCGGGUUUCCGGACGAAGACUUCGAAGAGGUAAAGGCUGCGGUUGGGGAGCUACCCGAAGGCAUCCGCUGGGCCAGGGAACGGAGGAGUGACUUUGACGGGCUGGGGCUGGAGAAGGAUGAGAGUUGGCAUGAAGCUGCGGGGAGGAGGGUUCCGAAGCCGGAGAUCAUCGCUCAGGCGGCAAGGAGGGUGUUCGCGAGGGCGAAGGAGGAGGGGACGUAG